AUGGAUGAAGCAACGCUAAUUAAUUUGGAUAACUUCAAGAGUAUUUUCCUUGAGAAGUAUUUUCCUAACGAUGUGAAGAGUCAAAAAGAGGUGGAAGUCCUUAAGUUGAAGCUAGGAGACGAUACUGUUGUUGAAUAUACUGCCAAGUUUGGUGAGCUUGUCCAUUAUUGCUCUCACUACCAUGGUGAGGAUGGUGAAAGGGUUAAGUGCAUUAAAUUCGUGAAUGGCCUUCUUCCUGAGGUUAAGAUGGUGAUCAACUAUCAGGAGAUCUAUCAUUAUCCAAUGCUCAUUAACAAGUGUAGGAUCUAUGAUUAUGAUAAUCGUGCACAUGCUACUUUCUAUAAGGGAGAUGGUUUUAUCUAUGAUGGGAGAUUUGGUGGCCAGAGUAGGAGUAAGCCUUACCUUGCUUUUGCCAAGUUUCAAGGGAAUCGUGCUAGAGAUAGUGGAAGCAAGUCUACUAGUAGAGGCUUUUUCAUGAAUAGUAUUGUUAGUGUAAGAGGCUUUGUUUCUACACCUAUUGAUAUAUGCAAGAAGUGUGGGCAAUGUGGGUAUGAACACUAUAACUGUCUUAACAAGGAGAUCAUGUGUUUUAACUAUAAUGGCAAGGGCCAUAUUAGUAUUCAGUGUUUGCAAUCGCCAAGGUCACACUUAAUUAGAGCGGGAGCUAGUUCUCAAUCUAGGCAUCCGAAGACUAUUGGAAUAGUAUUUUCUCUUAGUGAUGUUGAAGCUACUCAAUCUAAGAAUCUAAUACAAGUUGUGGAGAGUCCCACUAAUGGUCUCAUAACUACUUCUAAUAUGUCUUAA